UGUCCCCGGUGUCCCCAAUGUCCCCAGCGCCUCCCGCUGCGGACUACAACUCCCGGCAUGCCCCGCGCGGGCCGGGCCUGCAGCGGGAGGCCCCGGGAGCGGGACAGGCCGCGGCGGCGGCUCCGGGGGCCGGGCCAUGGAGAGCAGCGGCUCCCUCCGGGGGCGACAUCAGUUUCUGGGCUGACAGGACACCCGUGCACGAGGCUGCCAGGAGUGGGGAGAUCGUGCAGCUGCAGCAGCUGAUCGAGAGCGGCGCCUGCGUCAACGCCGUCACCUACGACUCCAUCACCCCCCUGCACGAGGCCAGCCUCAGGGGACAGGCCCAGUGUGUCAAACUCCUGCUGGAUGCAGGGGCCCAGGUGGACGCCAGGAACAUCGACGGCAGCACUCCUCUGUGCGACGCCUGCGCCUCGGGCAGCAUCGAGUGCGUCAAGGUGCUGCUGUCCCACGGAGCCAAGGUCAACCCGCCCCUCUACACCGCCUCCCCUCUGCACGAAGCCUGCAUGAAUGGCAGCUCAGAGUGUGUGCAGCUCCUCAUUGACGUGGGUGCCAACCUGGAGGCUCAUGAUUGUCACUUUGGGACCCCCCUGCACGUGGCCUGUGCCAGGGAACACCUGGAUUGUGCCAAGCUGCUCCUCCAGGCAGGAGCCAACGUGAACGCGGCCAAGCUGCACGAGACGGCGCUGCACCACGCGGCCAAGGUGCGCAACGCGGCGCUGGUGGAGCUGCUGGUGCAGUUCGGGGGCAACAUCUACGCGCGGGACAACCGCGGCAAGAAACCCUCGGACUACAGCUGGAGCAGCAGCGCCACCGCGCGCUGCCUGGAGUACUACGAGAAGACCCCGCUGAGCCUGGCGCAGCUGUGCCGCCUCUCGGUGCGCAGAGCCGCCGGCCACCGCGGGCUGGACAAGAUCUCCCGGCUGCAGAUCCCCCCCCGACUCAUCCAGUACCUGUCCUACAACUGAGGAGCCAGGAAACACCUGGGAUUGCCAGGAAAUCCCCAGAAUUCCCAGGAAAAACCCCUGCAAUUCCCAGGAAAAACCCCUGCAAUUCUUGGGAAAAUCCUUGGAAUUCCCGGGGGAAAAUUCCCAGGAAACACCCUGUGAUUCCCAGGAAAAAAAACUUGGAAUUCCCAGGAAACACCCUGUGAUUCCCAGGAAAAAAAACCUGGAAUUCUCAGGAAAAACCCUGGAAUUCCCAGGGAAA